UGCUGGGGAAAUGGCAACGCUAGACUAAAAUAUCGAUAAAAGUAUCCGCAGAAUUUGCAAUUUUUUUUAGGAGAAAAGCAAAAAUUGCAUCUGGCAACACUCAUCUCUGAGGCACUGAAUAUUUUCUGCAAAUCAGCGACAUGGCCAAUCCUCCAGCAACCUCCAGCAGCGCCGGACCCGUGCUCCGCGGCCUCCACAAUGCCUCCAUCAAGCGCAACCUGGCAAUCUCCCUUGGCUUGACCGCCAUCGUGACCGUCGCCUUCAAGCUGUUCGUCAACGACCCCAAGAAGGCCGCCUAUGCCGACUUCUACUCGAAGUACGAUGCCAACAAGUCCUUUGAGCGCAUGAAGGCCGCCGGUCGUUUCCAGUCCUGUUAGGAACCCCAAGCACCAUGUAGUCUAAGUCAAAAGAUGUUGCUAGAGCAAGUGUUACGCUUCUGUAUUGAAAACUAAAUAGAUUUCAGUCUACGUA